CUCUCUCAUCUUUGACUCCCGCAAGCAAAAUGGAAGAGCAACAAGCUCACCACGACUUCAUUUUCCAUUCCAAACUCCCCGACAUUUACAUCCCAUCGCACCUCCCUCUCCACACCUACAUUUUCCAAAACCUUUCCCAAUUCAAACACCGUCCCUGCCUCAUCAACGGGACCACCGGCGAGACCUUCUCCUACCACGCCAUCCAACUCACCGCCCGCAGAGUCGCCUCCGGUCUCAACAAACUCGGCAUCCAAAAAGGCGACGUCAUCCUCCUCCUCCUCCAGAACUGCCCCCAAUUCGUCCUCGCAUUCCUCGGCGCCUCCUACCGCGGUGCCACUGUCACCACCGCCAAUCCCUUCUACACUCCGGCGGAGGUAGCGAAACAAGCCACAGCGUCCAACUCCAAACUCAUCAUAACGCAAGCAUCUUACGUGGAUAAAGUCAAGGAUUUCGCGAGAGAAAACGACGUCAAAGUGAUAUGCGUUGACUCGGCGCCGGAAGGAUACCUUCCCUUCUCGGAGUUAACGGAGGCCGACGAGGGAGACAUUCCCGCCGUUAAAAUAUCUCAAGAUGACGUGGUUGCGCUGCCGUACUCGUCUGGCACGACGGGGCUUCCGAAGGGAGUGAUGCUAACGCACAAGGGACUCGUUACGAGCGUGGCUCAACAGGUUGACGGAGAGAACCCUAAUUUGUAUUUUCGGAGCAGCGAUGUGGUUUUGUGCUUGCUUCCACUUUUCCACAUUUAUGCUCUCAACUCUGUUUUGCUGUGUUCCCUUCGAGUAGGGGCUUCCGUUUUGAUCGUGCCGAAAUUUGAGAUCAUUACGUUGCUGGAGUUGAUCCAGAAACACAAGGUGAGCAUCGCGCCGUUUGUGCCGCCCAUCGUAUUGACCGUUGCAAAGAGUCCCGAUUUGGAGCGAUACGACUUGUCGUCGAUUCGAAUGAUUAUGUCGGGUGCGGCACCUAUGGGCAAAGAACUUGAGGAUUCUCUCAGGGCCAAACUUCCCAACGCCAUACUCGGACAGGGUUACGGGAUGACAGAGGCAGGGCCAGUGCUAUCAAUGUGCUUAGCGUUUGCGAAGGAGCCAAUGCAGGUGAAAUCAGGUGCCUGCGGGACUGUCGUAAGAAAUGCGGAGAUGAAGAUCGUUGACCCUCGAACUGGUGCUUCGCUUCAUAGAAAUCAAGCUGGUGAGAUUUGCAUCAGAGGCAACCAGAUCAUGAAAGGUUACCUAAAUGAUCAAGAGGCCACACAAAGAACUAUAGACAAGGAAGGAUGGUUGCAUACCGGCGAUAUUGGAUACAUUGACGAUGAUGAUGAGCUUUUCGUAGUUGAUCGGUUAAAGGAUCUUAUCAAAUACAAAGGAUUUCAAGUGGCUCCAGCUGAGCUCGAAGCCAUUUUAAUUGCUCACCCAAGCAUUUCUGAUGCUGCUGUUGUGUCCAUGAAGGAUGAAGUUGCGGGAGAGGUUCCUAUUGCAUUUCUUGUACGAUCAAAUGGUUCUAAGGUCACCGAGGAUGAAAUCAUGCGAUACAUCUCAAAGCAGGUUGUGUUUUACAAAAGAAUCAGUAGGGUUUUCUUUGUGGGCUCAAUUCCAAAGGCCCCCUCUGGAAAGAUCUUGCGGAAAGACCUUAGGGCAAGGUAUUGAGGCCCUCCCUAGUUGUCAAUAUAGGGCCCAAUACAACCAAGAAUUUUUUUUGUAAAACUAAAAAAGAUUCAAAGGCCUGUUUUUUGUGUUAUUUUAUUCUUCCUUUAUGAAGUUAAGUGUACUUUCAAAUCCAUUACAUGGGAUGGUUUGGUUGGAUGGAAUGAAAAAAAAAAUAUUUAAGUUAAAAAAUAUAAAAGGCCUCAUUUUUAAGAGUUUGACCUGGACAUCUUUUCAUAUUACAUCUCAGUAUUUUAUUUAGUGAUAUUUA